AUUAGCAACCCGGCGACAACACCUUCCAUUUUUCUCACCACCACCCGAUACGUAUGGGGCGGGGCGAUAUGGUAUGCAAAUAGGUGCCAAGGGUUUUUGGGUUUUUCUCAAGGGCACUUCGUUAGCCUUUACGCUAAAGGUGAAAUAUAUGAAAGCUAAAUAGUGAAGGGGCUAGUUAUUAUAUAUAGAUAUAUAAAUAGAGAUAGAUAUAGAUAUAGAAGAUAUAUAAAUGGAGAAAAGAAGAAGUGGAGAAGGGGUGUUGAUUUUAUACGCCACUGAAACUGGAAACGCAUUAGAUGCUGCUGAACGAUUAAGUCGUGAAGCCGAAAAAAGAGGCUGCCCUGUUCGUAUUUCUUCACUUGAUGAUUUUGACGCUAGCUCCUUACCUUCUGAAAAAUAUGUGAUUUUCGUCGUCUCAACGACUGGACAAGGGGACACCCCAAUCCCCAUGAAGGCGUUUUGGACAUUUCUUUUGCAAAGAAGUUUAGGCAGACAGUGGCUUGACAACACACACUAUGCGGUUUUUGGAUUGGGGGAUUCAGGCUACCAGAAGUACAAUUUUGUGGCAAAGAAGCUUGACAAACGACUUGCAGAUCUUGGGGGAACAGAAAUUAUUGAAAGAGGUUUGGGAGACGAUCAACAUCCUUCAGGGUAUGAAGGGGCCUUAGACCCAUGGAUGUCUUCUCUAUGGACCAUGUUAUACAAUGAAAAUCCAAAACUUUUCCCUAAAGGUGUGGAUAUUUCUAUUUCUGAUAUAAAGACGCUUGAUCAACCGAAAGUAGAUAUCACAUAUCUUGACCCUUAUGAAAUGUAUAAACAGUCCUUACCAGAAAUUGAUUUGAAGUUACUAGAGAAGGAAAUAGUGAGGUCCCGGUCCUCGUUAAUCGGAAGAAAGUCUAGUGACAAAAGUAAACCCGACAGCUUUUUAAAAAUGGUGAAAAAUGAACCCAUAAGUAGAGAAGGUUGUGGAAAAGAUGUUCGCCAUUUUGAAUUUGAGGCGCUUUCAUCUACAAUAGAGUAUGAAGUUGGCGAUGUUCUUGAGAUUCUCCCUGGACAAAGUCCUGAAGCUAUAGAUGCAUUCAUAAAGCGUUGUAAUUUAAACCCUGAAUCAUAUAUUAUUGUGAACCCUAGAAAUAAAGAUGCUCGUCUUGAGAAUGGUUUAGCUACCUCAAAUGUUCCCGUAAAUUUGAAGCGGUUUGUUGAGUUGACUAUGGAUGUUUCAUCAGCUUCCCCAAGACGUUACUUUUUUGAGGUGAUGAGCUUUUUUGCCAGUGCCGAACACGAAAAGGAGAGGCUUCAAUAUUUUGCCUCACCUGAAGGACGAGAUGAUCUGUACCAGUACAACCAGAAAGAAAGGAGGACUGUUUUAGAAGUACUUGAAGAUUUCCCGUCUGUUGAUAUGCCAUUUGAGUGGUUGGUACAGCUGACUCCUCCCUUAAAAACAAGGGCCUUUUCAAUUUCUUCUUCUCUUAUGGUUCACCCCAAUCAAGUGCACCUUACUGUUAGCAUAGUUUCAUGGACAACUCCUUUUAAGCGGAAACGUAGCGGUCUAUGCUCCAGCUGGCUGGCUUCGUUACAUCCUCACCAAAGAGUCUGCAUUCCAGCCUGGUUUCACAAAGGCUCUCUUCCUGCACCUGAACCCUCACUGCCACUUAUUCUUAUCGGGCCUGGAACUGGUUGUGCACCUUUCCGUGGUUUCGUGGAGGAACGAGCCUUAAAAGAGAGUACACUCACACCAACAUCUCCAAUUCUUUUCUUCUUUGGGUGUCGAAACGAGGACAAUGACUUUUUGUACAAAGAUUUCUGGGUUUCCCACUCACAAAAUGGUGGAGUGCUUUCACAAGAAAAAGGUGGAGGGUUUUAUGUUGCUUUUUCAAGAGACCAGCCACAGAAAGUGUAUGUUCAACAUAAGAUGCGUGAACAAAGUGUGAAAGUAUGGGACUUGUUGAGUAGAGGGGCCGUUGUUUAUGUUGCGGGCUCUUCAAAUAAUAUGCCAUCAGAUGUAUUGGCGGCAUUUGAGGAUAUCGUGGCAUCAGAAGGCGGUGUAUCUAAAGAAGCUGCUGCAAGGUGGCUGAGGAUGUUGGAGAAAGGUGGCAAGUACCAUGUUGAAGCAUGGGCUUGAGUUUUGAAGUAGUUGAUUAGCGUGUUUUUCUACUUAUCUAUUUUUUAAAGAAUAUUUAUGUAUCAUUGUUUUAUUGGUGCUUAAUUAUAGUGAAAUGAUAAAUGUGACCAAUUUGGUAGGUCUACCAAAAUGCCAUUAACUCUGUCGGCGUGGGCGGUAAAUCAAAGUUUAAGGAAUUAGUGACUCCAUGUAUCAAUGCCAGAUUAUUAGGCAUGUUUUUAGGCCUAGCAAAUUAGUCAAAUAUAUCAAUAUGUAUAGAGCUCAAAUGAAGAGUAUAGUCGCGGUUUUUAAACAGUCAACUACGUGUCGAUUGGUGAUCGGAUACUAAAAGUCCUUGAGAAACAGUGUUGUCAACCUAUAAUAAUCGCUCGUAUCAAAGCUAUGUAUAUUUCUAUACA